AGUUGGGUAUUCAUUCAUUCAUUCAUUCAAUCAAUCAAGUCCAACAUUGUUUUUCAAAACCAGAUAAGGCACACAGAUUUCGUGCAAUUCCCUCCCUUACUAAACAACCUAAUAAUUUAUCAGCUGUCUAGCGUUUAUCACUCGUGGGUCCCGCCAUAUUUUCAACGUGUCAACUAACUAGUGAGAUAUCACCUGAAUUUGCUGUUCAAUCCUAUAGACCUCUAAGCUCUAUCCAAUUUCUCCACGAGGAUCGGUCACCCUCUCCCAUGUUACAGCAUGGUGCACCAUCUCGUGUACCAUUACCCGGGGCCCACCUUGUUUUACACGUGGCAACCAUCUAGAGGUUCACUUCCGCGUUUGCUGUUGGAAGCCCCGCAAACCGACGGCAUUGGAAUCCGCUCUUCGUUAUCGGUCGAACAAACACACUGUCCUUCACCUCUCCCGACGACGAUCUUAACGAGUACCAUAGGUGGGCCCCUUUUUUAAUUUUACGUGGCAGUUAUCUAAUGGGAAAGCACCCUGUUUGCUGUUUGGGACCAGAAAGCGAAGACUCUUACUCGAACCCACUCCAUUUCCCCCGUCUUCUCCUCUCACCGCCGCCGAUCCCGAGCUUGCUCUUCUCCCCAAACCCUAAAAAUGGCGGAUUCCUGAAGACCGAGCAUCGAAACCCUAGCCCUUUCGAUCCAUGGCGAGGUCGUUCCUCCUCCUCCUCCUCAUCUCCAUCCCCUUCGCUUCACCUGACCCCGUCCUCCUAGAUCGCUACGACGCUCAGCUCCGCCGCCUGGAAUCCCUCGUUGAUUCCCUCUCCCAUGCUGUCGCUAGACUCGAAUCUUCCCUUGCUUCCCCGGUUCCUAUCCGCCAGCACGAGAUGCCGUCCCCGACGGCAACUGGAGUGGCCGUCACCAAGCUGAAGCCUGCUUGGUCAGACCGAUUCCAGUUCUCCGCCGCCGCUCGCCUCGAGUCUGAUCCAACCUGCGCUGCUGUCCUCCCCUACGAGGACCUCGAAGGUAUCAGCAAGUACUUUGCUGUAGGAGACUCUCACGGUCGCGUGUAUGUGUUUUCGUCUUCUGGCGAUGUCCUUAUGGAGCUCCCCUCGCCGUCCGAUUCUCCGGUGACCGCCAUGCUUUCCUACCUCUCCUCCCGUCGCAACGACAGCCUCCUUUUCGCUGGCCACGCAGACGGCUCUCUCGUCGCUCACCGGCUUUCGGAAACGAUUGGCGCCGGUGAUGAGUGGCCAUCGCUUUCCGUCGGCAACACCCGGCCUUUCGUGCGGGCGGCGGCACGGGAGCUCGACUCCCCGCCAGUCCUCGGCCUUGAGCUCCACCAGGCCGGGCGGGCGCGGUAUGUGCUUGCCUCCGACGCCGGAGGUCGGAUCCGCGUCUUCACUGAGAACGGCACGCUCUAUGGCACCGCCAUCGCUUCUAGCCGGCCUCUCGCCUUCGCCAAGCAUCGGCUCCUCUUCCUAACGGAGACCGGCGCCGGCUCUCUCGAUCUCCGGUCGAUGGUGAUCCGCGAGGUCGAUUGCGAGGGCCUUAACGGCACCCUGGCGAGUGCCUACUCCUUCGACGUGUUGGAACGAGCUAAAGCCUACGGAUUCACAUCCGGUGGCGAUCUAAUUCAUGUCGUGCUUUUAGGUGAUGUUGCCAAUCUAAAAUGCAGGGUUAGGGCAAUCAGGAAAGCAGAGGUUCAGGGCCCGGUCUGCAUCCAGGCCAUCAGAGGAUACCUCCUUGCAGUUAGCCAAGACAAUGUCUUUGUCUACAAUGUCUCCUCUCAGUACUACGGCAGGGCUGGGGCUCCUCGUCCUCUCUUCUCUGUCACCAUUCAAGAGGUUAAAUCUCUCUUCUUGAAUUCAGAUUCAGUGCAAGAUGGGAGCUUUGUGGAGAUCAAACCUUUGAUUGCAGCAGACCGGGAGAAGCUUGUGGUUUUGGGGCUUGGUGGGGGCUACAUUGGGAUAUAUAAGUCGAACUUCCCGGUGUUCAAGGCUGAGAGCAAUGCUGUGGUAUGGAGUGCUCCAUCUCUGCUCUUCCUGUUGUUUUUGAUUGGUAUCUGGCAAUUUUAUGUGAAAAAGAAGGAUUCUUUGGGCUGGGUGCCUGACGAUUCAUUCAACACCACUGGUGUGGGCUCCUCUAGUGGCCUUUUGAGCACUGGGGCGACUGAUAGAGCUUUUGGAGAUGCUUCGAGGCCAGCUGAACGCAGGGAAUUGAGAGGAGGCACACUGAGAGGCCCCUCUAGAAGAUAUGUGUCUCCACCUUCUCGGUACCCAGGGGGCUCAGGUAUUCCAUACAGACCUGCUUCUGCUGAUCCUGGUUUUAGAGGACCUUCAGAGUUGAAGUAUAGAGCCCAAAGUAUUGAACCUUCUGGUUUUGCGAAAAGAAGGGAACCUCUGUUUCCUGCUGCCCAAGUUUCUGAGGAUCAUAUUGAUUGACAGAAAUUUUGUCUAAAGGUUUCCAGAAUUUUCGUUGGAACUGAACUGUUGUAGGUUUUACCUGCUUGGGGUUUUUCGAUAUUGAUGCCGUCCUGUUGUGUAACUUAAACCUGUUGUACACUCAAAAGCAAACAAGAAUGGUACAGGUUCUCAUCUUCAUGGCUAUGAAAAGAAGAGAUGGGUGGCUUGCCUUCAUCCAUGUUCUGUUUCUUAACAUCUUGGAAGAGAAAUACUACUUUCUUUGACAUUUUUUAA